AUGGCAUCUUCUCAGAACAUGCAGAACGAUACACCCGCCCUCACCACGCUCUCCUAUGCUGGAGAUGUCAUUCUCAAGCCAAGCGGACAUGGAAAGCCCGCCAUACGCCUGCUAUGUUCGUCAAUCUGUCUUGGUCAUGGAUCUUCCGUUUUCAAGGCCAUGUUCGAACCGGACCGCUUCGCUGAAGGCCAAACUCUGUCAGUCGACUCUCCUCCCGAGAUACCGCUGCCUGAAGAUCAUCCACAAGCCAUCGAGAGACUGUGCAAAAUCCUUCAUUUCCGGUCGGGCGACGAUAUCGCAUGGGACAUAGACCAUUACGCGGAUGUCGCCAUCGUCUCUGAGAAGUACGAUUGUCGAGACGCUGUUGUGGCGUGGUUUCAGAUGUCUGUUCCUCGCAUCUGGGCUCAGAAUCGCCCCUUCUACGACGAAAAGCUGCCCUUCGUGAGCUAUGUCUUGGGACUCCCCUCUGAGUUCGCAAAAGUCACAAAGAGAAUCAUCUUAAGUCACACGAAGGCUUUAAACCCGGUCACUGCCACGCACAAGACGGAUCUAGUGCCGCUUGAGCUUCUGCAAGAACUCGAAACGCGUCGGCAGGUAGCGCUCCAGAACGCCACAGACGCCUUGAAGCCCGAGUUUGUUCAGCGUAUUGGCCUGGGCACUAUGACGGUCGCUGCAAUGUGCCCUAGGGAGCGGGCGGUGGCAGACUCUUGGUUACACAACCUUAUCUCAUCAGGCCUCUUGUUCAUGCCCCUUGUCCAGUCGGUGGAAGCUAUCAAGUUCCGCGUGGAUGGGCACUUCGCAAAGCUUCCCAUCGAACACGGAGUUGCUGCCUGCUCAAGCAACAUUCCAUUCUGGCAAGGACGAUGCGGCUGCCAAACUGGAGAGUCGAAGCGAGACCAUCUAUCUGCUGAGAUUGGUUUUAUGAUCACAAUGACUAAGGGGAUGUGUCUAGAUUGCUUCUACCGGAAGGUCUCAGAUGGAGCAAUCGAUCGUCACUGUCGCGUUAGCUUCGACCAUGAUGGCAUGAAGAAACCGGAAUCAUAG